AGACAUAAUUUUUAUUUUUCAGAUAAAACUCUUCAGUGCUUUGAAACAAACAGCUCUCAACCAAAGGAAUCAUUUGAUACUGACAUACACAAAGUAAACUUUAGGUUUUGUAAAGACAAUGGUGAAAGAAAAGAAAAGAGCAGACAAAAAAGGGGAUAAGUCUGCCCGCUCUUCUUCUGAUUAUCUAGAGUUUUCCAAACAAGAUGGCAACGCUGCUAGACAAGAAACGUCCCCCAGUGCUGUCCCACUGUUGGAAAUGCAGCUCAAUGAACAGGGACCGAAAAAAGAGCCUGAACUUCAGCAGAAUGAAGAUGCCACUCAAUAUGAGGAGCCCAUUCUGACCAAACUCAUAGUUGAAAGCUAUGAAGGGGAAAAAGUCCGUGGACUCUAUGAGGGAGAAGGCUUUGCCGUCUUUCAAGGAGGCUGUACCUACCAGGGAAUGUUCUCAGAAGGAUUCAUGCAUGGACAAGGGACUUACGUUUGGGCUGAUGGAGUGAAAUAUGAGGGGGACUUUGUGAAGAACAUCCCCAUGAACCACGGCAUGUACACGUGGCCGGAUGGCAGCACCUAUGAAGGGGAAGUGAUAAACGGCGUGAGGAAUGGAUUUGGUAUGUUCAAGUGCAGCGCGCAGCCCCUGUCCUACAUCGGCCACUGGUGCCACAGCAAGAGACACGGGAAGGGCUCCAUUUAUUACAAUCAAGAGGGCACCUCUUGGUAUGAGGGAGACUGGGUACACAGCAUCAAAAAGGGCUGGGGCAUAAGAUGUUACAAAUCUGGAAAUAUAUAUGAAGGUCAGUGGGAAAACAAUAUGCGCCAUGGGCAAGGCAGGAUGAGAUGGCUGACAACUAGUGAAGAGUACACCGGUCAGUGGGAGAGGGGGGUCCAGAAUGGCUUUGGGACACACACAUGGUUUCUAAAGAGAAUCCUCAAGUCCCAGUAUCCUUUGAGAAAUGAAUACGUAGGAGAGUUUGUAAAUGGAGAUCGCCAUGGCCGUGGAAAGUUUUACUAUGCCAGUGGAGCCGUGUAUGAGGGAGAGUGGGUUUCCAAUAAAAAACAUGGCAUGGGCCGAUUAACGUUCAAGAACGGGCGUGUGUACGAUGGCCUGUUUUCCAAUGACCACAUAGCCGAGUCUCCAAGUCUUGAAGCUGAAUUGGCAAGUUACCUGGACCCAUCUUCAGAAUCUGCCCUCAGGAGCCAGCACCGCGGGCCUUUCAUCAGUGCUGAAAUUAUCAGAAAGCUUGAUGGCAGUGAAAGUAAUUCAGUGUUAGGAUCGAGCAUUGAGCUGGAUCUCAGUUUGUUGCUGAAUAUGUAUCCUGAGAAGGACCAACCAGAAGAAAAGAAGCAGGUAGAAUAUGCUGUCUUAAGAAAUAUUACAGAAUUAAGAAGAAUCUAUAGCAUUUAUAGCAGCCUAGGCUGUGAUCGCUCUCUGGAUAACACCUUUCUGAUGACAAAGCUUCACUUCUGGAGGUUUCUAAAAGAUUGCAAAUUUCAUCACCAUAAAAUAACUCUUGCUGAUAUGGACCGGGUGUUAAGUACCAAUAAUGACAUACCAGUUGAAGAAAUUCAUUCUCCAUUUACAACAAUACUUUUGAGAACAUUUUUGAAUUAUCUCCUGCAGUUGGCUUACCACAUUCAUCAUAAAGAAUACCAAAAUAGAAGCCCAUCGCUCUUUUUGUGUUUUACAAAACUCAUGAAUGAGAACAUUCGUCCAAAUGCCGGCCGUGUAAAAGGCAAUUUAUUCAGUGGGCAACAGCGGACGUUCUACUCAAUGAAUUACAUCGAUAAGUGCUGGGAGGUUUAUACAGCGUACUGCAGACCAAAUGCAGCUCCUCCCCAUGAGCUUACAAUGAAGACGAGACACUUCCUCUGGAUGUUGAAAGACUUUAAAAUGAUAAAUAAAGAAUUAACAGCAACCAAAUUUGUGGAGGUCAUAGCAGAGGACAAUCCUUUCAUGCAUGAUGGAAUUGACAGCAACUUUGAACUUGAGCUGGUUUUCCUGGAAUUCUUUGAAGCUCUCUUAAGCUUUGCCUUAAUCUCUGUUACUGAUCAAAUGACUACAUCCUAUUCAAAUUUUCCAAAUGAUGACUUGUCUGGAAGCAAACAUGGAAGCACUUACGGGAUAAUAAAUCAGAACAUCCAGAACAGGAGUCCAAGUGUGGCAACAAGCCAGGAAUCUGACAUGCAGUGCGGUAGCACCAAGUCAUCUUCAAGCAAGUUGGGACUCUCGCUUGAUAUGAGCAAAAUAAGGAAAUCAGAGCCCAAGAUCAAGAAGUCUCUAAGUGAUGAAAGAAUUUCAAAAAUGAAUUUUAAAUCUGCAGGAAGAGGGCUAACCUUUUUCUUAUCUCAAAAUGAGAAAAAAGAAAAAUCCAAGGAUGUACAAAAGGAAAAGCUCAACACGUGGAUCAGUAAUAUGUACAUCUUUUUUGUGAACACACUCUUCCAAGCACAUAAACAUGAAGAAACUCUCAAGGAGAAAGUAAAGGAAAAUAGGUUAUGUAAUGCAGCGAAGGCCAAACAGCAGAAAAUUGAAAAUGAGGAACUGGAGGCGAGGCUGAAUAGCUUGAGAAAGGAAGAGGCCAAAAGACAAGACUUUGAGGUCGACAUCACUGUGAUCAAGGAACCAGUGGAUGCCCCAUCCUCGAAUUUCACGCCGAGCCUCCCGAAAGAAGACACAGUGGCGUCUCAAUCAAGCAGGUCCAUCACAAGUAAGAAAAAGAAAAAGUAG